CCAGCCAUGAAGUGAAUGAUUAAUGCUGGCAAAGUACCACUAAUUAAGUAUAGAAUUUAAUCGGCUUGAAUAGGAGGUGUUUAGAACUGUUCUAGUAAAUGGCACGGCCCAGGUGGAGCAUUGUAGGCCCAGCCAGCCCGCUUUGUGUCUAGAGUGUGUGGUCGGGAUUUUUCGGCCUUAUGCCGGAUUCGUUGCACAAUCAGCCCCCACGUGGGAAAAUCAGAGCCCUGCGAGCUGUCCAAGCACCCAGCGCCGCCGAAAAUCAAAUUUUACGGCCGCAGAAACAGCGCGAAACGGCCCCGAACGCGCCAGCCCAAACUUUUGAAAAGUUUCAAAAGGGGCGCUACAAAAAGUUUUGGCGCAUGCGCACUUGAUAAAUAAAAAGCCUCCGAACGGGGGUUUUGUGUGAGCAGCGUCAACACAGACAACGCUACAUACACGGAAAACACGACAACGAUCGCGAACGCUGGCAACUUUUCUACCAUCUCUUACCACUCGUGUUCCUGGCGGCCAGCACUCAAGGAAGGAAGUUGCUGAGAUAUGUGGCCUCGUAGCCGAUCCAGGAUAAGGGUAUGGUAGCCUGGGAAACAAUAGCAGGCGUGUAUGGAACAAUGGAAAAUAUCUAUGCAUUGCAUGAGGUUCGUUAAUGCAGCGGUGCCUGGGCCGUCGGGCUUGGGAGCUGGCUGCCGCCGUGCUCGAACGUGCUGCGCUGCCAUUUGGAAACCGCUGUCUUAACCCGUGUGUCUUGCCAUCGCGCAUCGCAGCGAAUCCUCGGACGGGAUGUCAGCCCGUGCAUUAAGACACAGAUUUAACAGACUGUGAAAAGGGAAUUAUACAAAAUCACGACUGGUGCCAUUUUAGAACUCCACUCGUGCUUAUCUGUCUGGUUAAUUUACGAGUCCGCACCGCGGCGGAACGAAAUGUCAGCUUCAUUCCCUCUGGUUUUGCUUGUGCUUUUUCUCUCUCUUUUUUUUUUUUUUGGCGCGCGGUGGUUGUGUGGUGGCCGGUGGACAUACCAUGCGUAAUCACGGCUUCGUCGCUCACUCUCUCGUGAAAUCUCCAACCAUACGUGCCAGGCCAGGCAAGGCGCAGAUCGGCCGUACACACUGACAAAAGCACGGCCGCUGAUUGGCGCAAAGAGGGUGGAGUAUCGGAGUGAUGGCCCGCGUCUCGUCCAACCACUGAUCUUGGUCGAUCGUGUGGGCCAAAGACGGAGCUCGAUGAGAUGGUCUCUCUUUUGCUGCCUUGAUCCGCAAUCGAUGGCGGGCCGAACAGCCCUGUCACCGACCCCGUGACGUGUGUCACGUGGCAAAGGAGAACAACUCACUAGAAUAGUCCCAGGCAAGGGUACAUUGUUUCGGGAGCAGGCUAUAAAAGCGACUGCUCAGCUCACUGCCUCCCCAAGACUUGUCCUCAAGAGGCGACCGGUCAUCAGCGUCUGGGAGAUCCGGUCCGGUAAUUGAGUACAUCCAGUGGACAAUUCAAAGCACUCGUCUUUUUCAGUGAUCUCGUUGCUCACGGCCAGCUCUGAAGAGGAAAUUAAACAUCUGAAACAUCUUGGACCUAUUUUCAAUCCAGCAGAUACUUUCGCCCGCGAUUGUCUGACUGGGUCUUUGCUUGAGGGUACCUCUGUCCUCCCAUGUUGUAUAGUGGGGGUUUUGCUUGCCAGGACAUGCAGACAAUGAGCUCCGUCAAUCUCUCGGAGUUUUUCCCAGCUCAGAGGGGGCUCCCUGUCCAAACCGAAGCCAUCGGGAUGGACGGAGCGAUCGUGCCAGAAGCCCCAACUCCGGUGAAGACCGAGAGAACCCGGCAGAGGCAUCGGAAGAGGCAAGCAGGGGGUCAGUCAACUCGGCAGUCCAAGGAGAAGACCGGUGGCGCUGGCAGCGGGACCGGCGGGGCAUCGGGAGCGGGCACCAAGCGCAAACGCUACACGCGCUCCCGCUGCCGGAACCGUAGCCCUUCCUGCGUGCAGAGGAUCCGCCGCCACCGGCGGAUGAAGGCCAACGACCGGGAGCGCAACCGGAUGCACAUGCUGAACCACGCUCUGGACGGACUCCGCGAAGUGCUGCCCAAGUUUCCGGACGACACCAAGCUGACUAAGAUCGAGACCCUACGGUUCGCCCACAACUACAUCUGGGCUCUAUCGGAGAUGCUGAAGAUGGUGGACACCACCGGGGAAGCAACUCCGGCUUCCGCUGCCGGAGCCACCGUGAUGGGUGCAGCAGCAACCCCCCCAGCAACUCCUGAGAGCCAGGCGUCCCUCUCUGCAUCCUGUGAUGCAAUCUACCAUCAGCACCCUUCCCCGAUCACCCACCGCCAACCCCCUCUCAUCCCGACCGGUGCCACCUUGAUGCCAAGCCACCCUUCCGUGUCGGACUUUUCCAUGCCUUCGUUCGGACAAUCUGGCCACCACUGGCACUGCUCUUUAUCCGAUAGCACUUCCAUGACAAGUGACUCCAGCUCUUGCUGCAUGACCCCAGAUAACACACCCCCAGCCACGCAGUACGCCGACACGUUCCUCUUUACAAUCUAAAAAAAAAAAACCGGCCCCAAAUACACAUCUCAGUGCAUUGUGAAUGUAGCCAUCUCAAUAGCCUCUUGACGAGCCGUUGACAUGAUGCCAUAACUGAUAUCACUGUCAGCUAAUGGUCGUCAGCAUUGCAAACUGCUGGAAAGAACACUACGACAAAACUUCAUUUUUGUGCUAAACUUUGAACUUAUUUAUAUAAAACCUAUGCUAACGAAUCAUACUUUUUCAAAAGCAAUAACGACUAUCAUUCCCAAAAGUAGCAAUAAUGCCUUAAACAAACUUCUUUUUUUAAUAUAAAGCUUUCAGAUGAAACGAACGCCUUAUAAGUAUCGUUAUUAUUAUUACUUUCCAAUUUUGAUAUUGAAUGGUCAUCAAAGACAAUGACUCCUUGUACAUAGAGAGAAAUAUUUCGAUAAUAAAUUAUUUGUAUAUAAUAAUUAUGUACAUCGAUACUGCUAAACUCAAACGACAAAGCAUCGGUGAUAUCUAUUAAUAAAUCGACAUUCCAAUUUAUUAUUUCAUCAGCAGACAGAGUGGCCAGAAUAUCUAGCAAUAUGUCUUUGUUCGUCAACUUCUUAAUGAUUUUAUGACGAAUGUUGAUUUUUUUGGGUUCAAAAGCACGUGUUUACACACUUAGACAAUUAUUUCAAUAUUGUUUUAUCAUGGUAGUAAUAACUGCCGAAUCAUUUUGAAUUUUCAACACGAAUUUAAUUUCCAGUGGAAUUAUUCAAUAUCCGUGAAAUCGUUAGGAAAAACAUCCAAAGAGUAUAGGAUACAAUGGUUAUGCAUUUAUUUAUUGUAUUAUUUCUUCCAGGUAAAAUAAAACCAAGGUUUCAUAAAAAGCGCCCUAGGCACCGUAGCUC